GAGCGUAGCGCCGCCACCAUCAGCGCGACCGCCAUCGCAACGAGGUGCGCUAUUCCGUUCCGCCGCGACUCGCCACGAAGAAAUGCCCGUAGAUACGAGAUCGAUCAGUCCGGGUUCCUGUGCGUCGAGCAUGGAGGUAUCACCGCCAUCGAGCCAGUAACACGAGCGUACGAGCCCAGUCCAACGCGCGUACGUCGCCGUGCGAGAGCGAGCAUCAUCGCGUCACUCCACGCUCACGUCGGGUCAGCUGCUGCUCUGCUGCUGCUGCUGCUGCUGCACCGCGCUGCCUACCCUACGCUGGGUCGGCGUAUGUAUUUAGUCGCCUCGCCGCCGCCGCCGUGACCGCGACCGCGAUCGUGAUACUUCUGUCGGGGUGCGCCGCGCGGCCUUUUGUGUACGAUGGAGCUGCGCGUUGGUAACAAGUACCGGCUAGGACGGAAAAUCGGGAGCGGCUCCUUCGGCGACAUUUACCUAGGUACCAAUAUUUCCACGGGCGAGGAAGUCGCCAUCAAGUUAGAAUGCAUAAAAACGCGGCACCCGCAGCUGCACAUAGAGUCCAAGUUUUACAAGAUGAUGCAGGGCGGCGUUGGGAUACCGACUAUAAAAUGGUGUGGAUCGGAAGGUGACUACAACGUGAUGGUGAUGGAGUUACUUGGACCAUCGCUGGAAGAUCUAUUUAAUUUUUGUUCAAGACGGUUCUCUCUGAAAACGGUCCUGCUCCUCGCCGAUCAAUUGAUAAGUAGAACAGAUUACAUUCACAGUCGCAACUUCAUUCAUCGUGAUAUUAAGCCGGACAACUUUCUGAUGGGUCUGGGGAAGAAGGGGAACCUCGUCUACAUUAUAGAUUUCGGACUGGCUAAAAAGUAUCGUGACGGGCGCACACACAAACACAUACCCUACAGAGAAAACAAGAAUUUGACGGGAACUGCUAGAUACGCAAGUAUAAAUACGCAUUUGGGGAUCGAACAGUCGCGUCGAGACGAUCUCGAAUCUUUGGGCUAUGUCCUCAUGUACUUUAAUAGAGGUAGUCUACCUUGGCAGGGAUUGAAAGCGGCAACUAAGAGACAAAAGUACGAGCGCAUUUCCGAAAAGAAAAUGUCCACUCCUGUAGAAGAACUUUGCAAGGGUUAUCCUGUGGAGUUCGCAUCGUAUUUAAGGUACUGUCGAGACUUACGCUUCGAGGAAAGGCCGGACUACUCGCAUCUCCGACAACUUUUCCGAACGUUGUUCCAUGGUCAGGGCUUUACCUAUGACUAUGUUUUUGACUGGAAUAUGCUGAAGUUUGGCAACGCGAGACAACCGACGUUACCCUCCGCGCAACAAGCACCCAUGCAUUCGCAACCGUCUAAUGCGGCGCUACCUUCCGGGACCAAUAAUGAUCAGGAACAUCGAUCAAGACCUUACACGCGGCAAUGUUUGCCGAACGCGUCCGUGGCGACGGUAGGCCCGACGCUUGGACCGAAUGCUAGUCUGCGAGCAAUCCGGCAGAAACGCGAGAUGGAGACUCGUGGCGACCAGGACAAUCAGGACAAGAGUGAUCUUCAAGCAUCGGGUGCGGGUGGACAAGAGCGAAGGGUCAGCAUGCGGUUGCACCGUAGGGAUACGCUACUAGCCGCUGCAGGAGAAAUGCAGCCCAAGUCCAAGAAGCGCCAAUGCGACGGCAAUCGGUCCACCCACCCUGAUGGUCAGACGGGCAAGCGUGCAACACAACAAGUGAAUCAGCAGCAGCAAUAGCAGAUUCAUCGUCAUCGUAACGACCAGCAGCGUCGUUCGUCAGGAACGGUGGUUGGUGAUUACCGCCGUUCGCGCGACGCUUUACCAUCUAUUACCACCGCGAGCCGGAAGUGAGUUCACGAGUGGUACCACGCGGCCAUCCAAUGAACGGUGACCGACUUUUCCAGCGUGUUACGACGUCGCGGGGAUCAUCAGUGAUAAGACCGGCGUGUGGUGCGCCGGUCAAUGGUGCGACAUCCGUGUAAGUGGCAACGGAAGCAACCGUUCUUCACGGAAAUGAAGACAAGGAGGGAGAAACGUGUCGUUGCUCCGCGGCUUGUGCCGAAAACGGAUACGCCGGCAUCGGUAGCAACGAGACGUGGCCGGCAAUGAAGCAGCUCCCUUGCAUUUGCGGUGCGCAGGAUUCUUAGAAGGACUCUGCGGUCAUUCCGAGCGAACUCGAGGUCCGCCGGAAUUUCCCCGUCGUGAUUGGGAGCCCGUCUGGAAAACACCCCUCAGCGACGUUGUCGAGGAGAGUAACGACGCUUAAAGAUCGCCAAACCCCGUCGCGUUCUCCGCGCGCGGGAUCACGAGACCAGAGAUCGUUUCUCUUUCCUCCCCCCAACCCCUUUUUUUGUCCUUCUCUUCCGUGGCGAAUCGCAAAUGUACAGUACACGGUUUUGAUGAUAAAUUCUCGCAGUUGAUCACGAGACAACAUGAGUGUACCUCGGACAACACACAGUUACAGUUUUUACAACGCUUGACCCGCUAUGGUCAAGCUAGCUUUGCUUCCUCCGAAUUUGAUUUGUGUUAAUAUUAUUCGCGUGUAUAAACAGCACGGUACUUUGAUACGAGUUUAAGCAAGCUUAUUCGACGAGGCGUUUGGUAGUAUGAUUAUAAUUUAUAAAUUGUUUCGUAAAAGACGAUAACUGUUUCUGUCGAAAGUUACGAAGUGUGAGAGCGCGCCGUAAUGAAGAACUGUAAUGAUAUAUCAAAUCACAUAGUAUUCCGUACACACACGUACACACAAAUACACACACACAUUUACACAGGGUAGAGGCAAUAACUAUUACCACUUUAAAUAUCUUCGAAUCUAUAAAGUUCAGAAGAAUAUUUGUCUAACCAAAGUUAUGGCGAUAAUAAUUUUUAUCCAGAUGGAGACGUUUCAGACGUGAAGGUCACCUCCACUUUUUUAAAGGGUACCCCCUACUUUUUAUUGUAUAAUCUUUUUCUAUUAAGUGGUACAACUUUUAUCCGAAGCAUUUCUUUGUCUGCCUUAAUAAUUUUUGACUUUGGUAACACAAAUUCUUCUGAACCUUAUAGAUUCGAAGAUAUUUAAAGUGGUAAAAGCUUUUAAAUUUGUUUGCUGUUGCGUAAGUCGAUCUCCGAUGACUUAUGUAAAUUGUCUUUUAACGAAACUGACAUGGCGAGAUUAUCGUUCGAUUUUCACGAGGCAGCCACGAAAGCUAAUGUGAUUCCGCGCUAUUAUUACCGUAUCCCGCUCCGUCGGGGCCAAUACGAAGUUUGUAUAAAUGUAAAAUAUUUUUUGUAUAAGUCGCAACGUGUGUAUAAACCGGUUGUAUCGAUAAUCGAGAAUCCGACAUGUGUAAAGCUAUCACGAAUUUUUGCACAAGGUAAAAAGAAAGCGUGGUUUUCAAAAAGAUAUAAACGAGAUGUAGCUCCGUGUUAGUCGAGAAGAUCAGGCGCGAUCGCGGGAAAAAGGUCAACGAAUAUAACCGCGACGAAAUUUUCGCGUGUUCGGCAUCGCUGAAACAUCAGUGGUAACUCGUGUCUUAAACUCGGGGGUUGUCGUUGCUCUAGUCGAGCCGGUGAUUAAAAUAGCAGGCUUCGGGAAACAUCCAACGAAAGAGUUGCGGAGUAUCGGUGCAAAUCUACGAGUGACUUUCCGAAAGAAUUCUUAUCGGAGAGACGCUCUCGCUUGGUCUCGCUGAAGCGAUCUCACGUCUCGAUUUACGGCACGGCGGCGGAACACCAGGAUCGUGAUCAUUUCGCUAAAACAAGCUCUAGUUAAACGAUCAUACAGAACGUAGUACAAUGGGCGUGCAAAGAGGAGACGGGGAGUACGUCUAGUUUUUAGGGACAAUUCGUUCGGUUGUGUUUAGGUGAUAAGACAAAGGAGAGACACGAUUGCGCGAGUUUCCAAGGAGCGUUUCUAGCAUCUUGUCGGCAUCGAUCGGGCGUACUGUACAGGUGGAGUCGCGUGUGCGACGGAUUAUAAUACAUACACAUCGCCGCGGUUCAGCGUUGUAGGGCACCUUAACAAAAUGGCUGACCUGUAAUUUCAAGAUAAUGUUAAUGGUCGUAUAGUAAAAUUGUUAUUUUUGUAUAUUACACACACCCACGUUUUUUUCUUUGCAAACUUCGUAUACAUACAUUAAGAUUUAAGUUGGUUAUUGUGUGUUAUUUGAAACAAGAACUCAUAGUAUUAUCUUAAAAGUACAAGGCAGUCAUUUUGUUAAAGUCCUUACCGUAAUCGUGCGUCCCAAGGAGAACAGACACGGGAGAGAUUCACUCGCCGUCUAAUAACUAACGUGACCUCUCUUCGCCCCGCGACAAGCCCACGUGCUCUUUCCCUUUUAUACGGUAACGAUAUUACUCGCUCGCUCUCGGUUCUGCUCACCGACUCCGUUGUUUUCCCUUCCUCCGGCAAAUCGAUCUCGUGGACGAACGAGGAUACGACGCGCGAGGAGACUCGCGAGAAAACCAACACCGAUGAAUAUCACCGAGGUUUCGUUCUACUAACGUGUGUAUGUAACCCGUGUUUGUAACAGGUGUAUGCAUGCGUUUGUGUGCUUGUACGUCGGCCGCAUGCGAAAUUUCUUGUGCGCGAGUACACGGAGAGGAGGCGCGAUGGACGGGGAAGGAAAGCGAGUGAGGUACGUGCGUGCGUGCGUGCUCGAAUGAAGAAGAGAGGAGCGUAAUGCCAAGAGGAGAAACAUCGCAUUUACUCCUUAGAAUGUACAUGUACUUGUAUCUGAAAGGGGCACAGCCCUUGUAAUUGGCCCAGCCAUAUAUCUGUCUUUGUCUAUACGUUUACCGCGACACGCAUGUGUCGACUAUUAUAUGUUAUAUUCUGUUGUAUACCAGUGUUUUGUUCACAAUACUUUUUUUUUAUUGUACGUUUUGCUCUUGGCUUGGAGCCACCGCGUCUUCAAAUUCCGUUAUUGGGUUAAUAAAACGUCAAAAUGCUGUGUGUA